AUUUUUUACUCGUCAAAUGAGUGUACCUGUAUCCCAGAGUUUAUGUCCCGGGACUCGAAUCCCACUUUGAGAUGCAGGUACAUUGAUCUAACAGUUCCCAACUAGGAUGACACACUCUUUCUAGAUUGCACUGAUAGCCACAUUUCAUCUUUUAUAUAUUAAAUUAUUUCUGAGUUGUUUAAUUUAAACCAGUGGGUUGAAAUUCUCGAUGCCUGUUACGUGACAAAAUUUUUCAAAAGAAACUAGGUCACCUUUCAAGAUCGUGUUUAGUUUAUCAAUAUAAGAAAGGUUGCACUCAUAAUUUGCAGAAAACACAAAACGAUGGAUGAUUCAGUCUACUGUGUAGUUUUAUUUUUCACAACUAACAAGUUUAUUAAGCAAAUUAAUAUUUUCGUAAGCUUAUACUAUUCUCUUUUUAAUAAUCUAUGUGGAAGGAAGAAAACUGGUUGUAACAAAUUUGUACGAUUGUUGAUAUAUUAGUAAAAAGCCAAUCGACAUUGGACGGAUCACCACCCGAAAUUAUCAUUAGUAAAUUUGAACUGUGGUACAAGGCAACUAAUAGAAUGCUUGGCAUUUUCGAUGCUACAAAGAGCGAGCUAUGUCUAGAAAAGAAUAGUUGGGUGAAAUAGGAAAAGUUAAAAGGAAUGUAUAAAAAACAACGAAGGCUGCAUUUUUUCGUAGUAAAAUAGCUUGAAUGGCUGUGUUAUCUGUUCUUACAAAAUAUGAUUUUGAUCAACUCUCAUUGCCAGCUGUUGAGCAAAAUAAUCGCUGUAGCUUGUGAUUAGUAUCAACCAACAUCGACCUUUAAUUUCAAUAAGAAAAGUCAUAAACAUCACAGCGCGUUUAUCCAAGUUGAUAAGUUUGUAACAACAUGCAAUUAGCAAACCUGUUAACGACUAAUUAUGUGUCAACUGAGAAACUUAGGUAUAUUUAUGGUAAACAAUUUUGAUUUCCGAAGAUUCGUCUCGAGCAACUACAAAAUGACAGUUGCAGUGAUCAAAAACCUACUGAGAUUAUGCAAAACACGAAUUUGACUCGGUAAUGAAUAAUAGUCUUAAUUCGUGAACACCUAUCCUUUCAUGUAUAUGUGGUCAGUUAAUAUGACUUUUGGAUUACUGAUGUUUGUAAACAUUAUUCAGUAUAAGUAUUUUCCUGAUCCUUUAUUGUUUGUCUAGCUGUUUAUUAAGAAUCAUAUGUACUAAUUUAUUGACUAUCUAUGUGUAUUAGUGUAAUAUUAUUAAUGGCAUAUCUUUUCUGUUUUAUUAUUCUAAUUAAGCUAAAGAGAAUUGUACAGAUAUGCUUAAUGAAACACGAUCUGCUAUGAUUCUUCCAGCUGCUCGUAUUUUGAAGCAAAAACCCAGUAUUUGGGUGGAAAUUAAUCAUGCAGUGGCUAAAUACAAACCGGUCAAUUUAGGUCAGGGUUUUCCGGACAUUCUUCCAAAACAACAUGUUCUUGAAAGUUUAACCAUGCUUGGAAAACCCGAUGUUAGCCCAUUUCUUCAUCAAUACACUAGAUCUAUGGGUCAUCCGCGUUUAGUGAAUGUAUUAUCUAAACUGUAUACAAGUUUUUUAAGAUGUGAUCGUAAACUGUAUGGUGAAUCUGGGAGUCUUCAAGUAGACUCGUUUGGACCAGACAGAGAAAUUGAUCCUUUAAACGAAGUUAUUAUUACCGUUGGUGCUUAUGGUUCGCUUUUUACGGCUAUUUCAGCAUUAGUUAAUCCUGAUGAUGAAGUGAUAAUUAUGGAUCCAAGUUUUGACUGUUAUACUCCAAUGACAGUAAUGGCUGGUGGUGUACCGAUUUAUGUACCACUUCGACCGCAAUUAGAUGAUGGUGAAGAAUUAAUCAGUGAUUGUUGGAAAUUAGAUAUCAAAGAAUUGGAAUCGAAAAUUACUUCAAAAACUAAAGUGUUACUAUUAAACACACCACAUAAUCCUUUGGGUAAAGUAUUUAAUAGAGAAGAAUUGGAGAGUAUCGCGGAUGUAUGCAUUCGUCAUAAUUUGGUGUGUAUUUCAGAUGAAGUUUAUGAAUGGUUAGUAUUUCCGCCUAAUCAUCAUAUUAAAAUCGCCUCUUUGCCUGGUAUGUGGUCACGUACCCUAACUAUUGGAAGUGCUGGCAAAACAUUCAGUGUAACCGGUUGGAAAUUAGGUUGGACAAUUGGACCAGCUAAUUUAAUACAGGCUAUGCAAUUGCAUCAACAAAAUACUGUGUAUACAUGUCCAACUCCUUUACAAGAAGCUGUUGCACGAAGUUUAGAAAUUGAAUUACCAUUAUUGAAUACACAUGAAUCGUAUUUUAAUGAGAUGUGUGCAUUGAUUGAACCGAAAGGUCGAAAUAUGGUUAAGAAAUUGAAUGAAAUAGGAAUGAUAGCAGUAAGACCCACUGGAGGAUAUUUCCUCGUGGCGGAUAUCUCCAAAUUGCAUGUCCCAUCGAAUGAAUUGGAUAAAAAUGACUCAUUAUCGUAUGAUGUCAAGUUUAAUAACUGGAUGAUGCAAAAUAAAGGUGUUUCUGCUAUUCCAAUGAGUGUGUUUUAUUCAACAUCUAAUCAACAUCUUGGUUCAAAAUAUUUACGAUUCUGUUUUUUCAAAGAGGAUUCAACGUUAAAUUCGGCAUAUGAAAUUUUGAAGAAAUGGUAA